GAUGGAAAGGCCGCGGCGGGGUCACUUCCUCCCUUCUCUAGGCCUGGGCUGCGCCGGCGGGACAUGCGCAGUCCCCCACUUACCGCUUCUUGGGGGUGGGGGGGAGUGUCCAGUGCCCAGGGGGCACCGUUGACCGUUUGGCUAAAGACCAAGAGGCAGGCCCGGGCCUCGGCUGGGGAGAGGCGGCCAAGCGGUGUCCAGGGCACGGUGGAAGAGCAGGGUGCUCUGGCAGGCACAGUGGGGUGGGCAGUCAGCCAGCCACAGCUUACUGACCCCUGCGUCGUGCCAGGCCCCAGGCGGGCUGCAGGAGAGGCACAGGAGAGGGUGGGCAGGACCCUGACCUACACAGGGCUCCCUGCCCUCUGAAUCCCGGGGCUCAGGGCCAGAGAGACCCUUCAUCCAUCAGCAAGCAAGCAAAGGAGCUGAUUUCCAUUCCUGACAAGUGGUGUGAUGGAAAUAAAACAGAGAGGAGGUAACUCUGAGUGGAGCCCAGGGAACAAUAAGAUGAAGAACCUCUUGUAGAUCCCCUGUCUCCUCUUUGCUUGACUUUUCCAAACCCAGCUCCUGCCCUAACCCUCCAGACUCGACAGGAUUCACAGACACCCUCCCUUCAUUAGUCUUUCUCUCUCAUCACACUCUUCCCUGAUUCUCCAGGUCGGCUCUCAUUCUGCCUCUGAGUCUUUGGACUCACUGUUCCCUCUGCCUGGAAAGCUAACACCCCUCCCCACCCCCCCCCCCCCGCCCCUUCAUAAAUUCAUCCUUCUAGUCUCAGCUCCAAGACAGGCCUGGACCACCUGAUUUUAAAACAACACCGGCACACCACACUGUCACAAUGCUGUUGUCAGUUUCUUCAUGGCCCUAAAGCCUUGCUUAUUUCACUUAUAGUCCUUUCCUCCCCAGUGUUGGCUUCAGGGGGGCUCGGUGCAUGUCUGUCUGGCUCCUUGCUGUGUCCCUGGUGCCUAGAACACAGCACAUGCCCGAGAAAUGUUGAUGGGGUGAGUGAAGGAAUGAGUUGGACACGCUGUGAGAAGGGAUGGGCCCCAGAGAGCUGGAACAGAAUGGGCAAAGGGAACAGGUGGACAGGAGCUGACUGUGAAGGGCUUUGCAGGCCGUUGAAGAGUUUGGUUUUACUCUUCAUGUCGCAGGGAGUGUGUGUGGGGGGGUGGGAUUCUGAGCAGGGGAGGGUCACCAUGUGACCUACGAUUUAAGGUGGGCCCUUGGACUGGUGAGGCCAUGGGCAGUUAGGGAGCACAAAUGAACACUGCUUUACCCGGGCCUGGAAAGGAAAACUGGUCUAGGAGCCACUUUAUCUUAGAAAAGAAGGCCUAGCCCCCAGCCCUGUGCUCUCCCCCUCCAGGCCCCUGAGUGCCAGUGGUGGUGUCCCUUGUCACCUGGAACCCCAUGCAGCCGGAACCCAGGCCUAGCGGGCCCGGGGCCCAUACCCAAUUCCUGCCCCUGAGACCACAGCGCCCCGAGGGGGCAGGGGACACGGUGAUGUACGCCUCCACCGAGUGCAAGGCCGAGGUGACGCCCUCCCAGCAUGGCAACCGCACCUUCAGCUACACCCUGGAGGACCACACCAAGCAGGCCUUUGGCAUCAUGAACGAACUGCGGCUCAGCCAGCAGCUAUGCGACGUGACGCUGCAGGUCAAGUACCAGGACGCGCCCGCCGCCCAGUUCAUGGCCCACAAGGUGGUGCUGGCCUCGUCUAGCCCCGUCUUCAAGGCCAUGUUCACCAACGGGCUGCGGGAGCAGGGCAUGGAGGUGGUGUCCAUUGAGGGCAUCCACCCAAAGGUCAUGGAGCGGCUCAUUGAGUUCGCCUACACCGCGUCCAUUUCCAUGGGGGAGAAGUGCGUGCUCCAUGUCAUGAACGGUGCUGUCAUGUACCAGAUCGACAGCGUGGUCCGCGCCUGCAGCGACUUCCUGGUGCAGCAGCUGGAUCCCAGCAACGCCAUCGGCAUCGCCAACUUUGCCGAGCAGAUUGGCUGUACAGAGCUGCACCAGCGUGCCCGGGAAUACAUCUACAUGCACUUCGGGGAGGUGGCCAAGCAAGAGGAGUUCUUCAACCUAUCCCACUGCCAGCUGGCGACCCUCAUCAGCCGGGAUGACCUGAAUGUGCGUUGCGAGUCCGAGGUCUUUCACGCCUGCAUCAACUGGGUCAAAUAUGACUGCGAGCAGCGGCGCUUCUACGUGCAGGCGCUGCUGCGGGCUGUGCGCUGCCACUCGCUCACGCCCCACUUCCUGCAGAUGCAGCUGCAGAAGUGUGAGAUCCUGCAGUCGGACUCCCGCUGCAAGGACUACCUGGUCAAGAUCUUCCAGGAGCUCACCCUGCACAAGCCCACGCAGGUGAUGCCCUGCCGGGCGCCCAAGGUGGGCCGCCUCAUCUACACGGCCGGCGGCUACUUCCGCCAGUCGCUCAGCUACCUGGAGGCCUACAACCCCAGCGAUGGCACCUGGCUCCGGCUGGCGGAUCUGCAGGUGCCCCGGAGCGGCCUGGCGGGCUGUGUGGUGGGCGGGCUGCUGUACGCCGUGGGCGGCCGCAACAACUCGCCUGACGGUAACACCGACUCCAGCGCCCUGGACUGCUACAACCCCAUGACCAACCAGUGGUCGCCCUGCGCCUCCAUGAGCGUACCCCGCAACCGAAUCGGGGUGGGCGUCAUCGACGGGCACAUCUAUGCUGUUGGCGGCUCCCACGGCUGUAUCCACCACAACAGUGUGGAGAGGUAUGAGCCGGAGGGGGACGAGUGGCACUUGGUGGCCCCAAUGCUGACACGAAGGAUCGGGGUGGGAGUGGCUGUCCUCAACCGUCUGCUCUACGCUGUCGGGGGCUUCGACGGGACAAACCGCCUUAACUCAGCCGAGUGUUACUACCCAGAGAGAAACGAGUGGCGGAUGAUCACACCCAUGAACACCAUCCGGAGCGGAGCAGGAGUCUGCGUCCUGCACAACUGUAUCUAUGCUGCGGGGGGCUACGAUGGUCAGGACCAGCUCAACAGUGUGGAGCGCUAUGACGUGGAGACAGAAACGUGGACGUUCGUAGCCCCCAUGAAGCAUCGGCGAAGCGCCCUGGGCAUCACCGUACACCAGGGAAGGAUCUACGUUCUUGGGGGCUACGACGGUCACACAUUCUUGGACAGCGUGGAGUGCUAUGACCCUGACACGGACACCUGGAGCGAGGUGACCCGAAUGACCUCUGGCCGAAGUGGGGUGGGCGUGGCCGUCACCAUGGAACCCUGCCGGAAGCAGAUUGACCAGCAGAACUGUACCUGUUGAGCCGCUUCUGUUUCCUGAGUGGAAAAGAAAAAAAAGGUCCGAUCCAGAGUAUUGUUGUUUCUGUACAAAAGAAAAAAAACAGGGACAAAUGAAGAGGCUCCACAGCACAAAUUGUGGUCUCCAGAAUGGGAGCCUGGGACACUGCGGUGUUCCAAUCACGACGUGAAAGAAAAGAAGGCUAGAGUGGGAACUCAUGAACCUACCAGAGCAGUCCCAGGAAUGUCCAACGAGAGCCUGCCCAGGAGGUGGGCGCGGGAAGGAUGGGCUCCCCAGAGAGAGGCCCCCACACCCGCUACCCCAAGACUAGGCCUGGGUCCCCCACCAGCAGCCACCACCUCCCUGUGGGAUGAAAGCAGGUGCUGAGGACAGGCUGGUUUUCAUCCCCUGCGUCUUUGUGACUAUUUCCUAGAGGCCUGGGAAGAAGCCCACUGAGGCCUUGGGGGCGGAGGCCCCUCCAGAGGUGAGGACCCCAGGGAUGGGCCUGUACAUAGAAACCACUGGAUUUCGCUGCUCGGACAGUCAUUUUGUUGAUAAGUAGCCCUGUAACUUUCAGAUGAAAAUAAAGAACAAACUAACUAGUGUCUUCCAA